AUGUCGAAGAGACGACGCGGUGGAUCGGCGGGGAACAAGUUCCGCAUGUCGCUGGGUCUGCCAGUGGCUGCGACAGUGAACUGCGCGGACAACACGGGGGCGAAGAACCUGUACAUCAUCUCGGUGAAAGGAAUCAAAGGUCGUCUGAAUCGUCUUCCUUCGGCAUGCGUGGGCGAUAUGGUGAUGGCCACCGUGAAGAAGGGGAAACCCGAUCUCAGGAAGAAGGUCUUGCCAGCUGUCAUCGUUCGGCAGCGCAAGCCCUGGCGCCGAAAGGACGGCGUUUACAUGUACUUCGAAGAUAAUGCUGGUGUGAUUGUCAAUCCCAAGGGUGAAAUGAAAGGUUCUGCUAUCACUGGUCCUAUCGGAAAGGAGUGUGCUGAUCUGUGGCCAAGGAUUGCUAGUGCAGCCAAUGCCAUCGUUUGA